AUGAUCGAAGCAGCGGCUGUUGUCGCGGGAGGAGGUGCCCUGGCGGCUUCCCUCUACUACUACAUAUGGGGUCGCACCUCUUCUCCGCCCCAGUUUGGUGUACCACUGGAGACCGUGGAGAAGGCUGACUCGGGCCUGCCCAAAGCCGUGGACCAGGUCCUGCGAUCGCUUCGAGAAGACGGUAUACGCGAGUUGGGCAUCUUUCGGCAGUCGGGCAGCCGAAAGGUGGUGCGGGAGCUCAAGGAGCAGUUCGAUCUCGGCGGUGCCGUGUCAUUGGACAAUGUGGACGCGCACUCGCGCGGCGAUCUUCUGAAGUACUUCUUGAGAGAGCUGCCAGACCCGGUCUUCCCCUACAAGGUGUUCAACUUGUGCAUGGACGUUGAAAAGCGAUUUAGGACCGACCAAGACAUGCAGCGCUGGAUCGCGUCCACCAAGUGCAUCAUAGCCGAUCUGCCGCCUUCACACAAGACCCUGCUUCGUGAGCUGUGUUAUUUCCUCAACGAGGUGGCCCAGCACGCCGAGGUCAACGCCAUGGGCGUGACGAACCUGGCGACCUGCUUUGGACCCAACAUGCUGACCACCAAGGACAGCGCCACGCUGCAAGAGCUGCUCGAUCUCACGCCGCUCGUCACCCGCUUCAUACUCAAGUGCAUCGAGAACCGCGAGCAGCUGUUCGAGGAGCCCCAGCCGGUGGUGGCCACCGCAGCAGCAGCACCUGCAGGAGAAGCUGCGAGCGAGGAGUACACGAGUGCGGCGGAGGAAGACAUCAAGGAGUACCUCCUUGUUGGUGAAGAAGAAGGCCAAGCGGCGACCGGCGAAGGAGAUGGCGCCGAGAGGUGA